AUGGGCUUGCUCAGCUUGCGACGCCCGAUCAUAGAGUGCUACUACUGUGGUACGCCGGCAGGACAGCUGACGGCGGCUUCACAGACGGCUUCCUUCGUCUGCAACUCGUGCCAGGCACCCAAUAAGCUCUUUCGCGGCAAGCCAGUCGACACCGACCCGGCCUGGUACGAUGCCGUUCUCAAUGAAGCUGCCUUUGCGCACAGGGCUUCACCCGCGAGCACAAGUCUGCAGACGCAGCCAAGCACCGGCUUGUUCUGCAGAGAAUGCCUGUCGCAUCAAGCGUUGCACUUGCAUCUCCUGUCAAGCUAUGUCCCUGCCGACUGUACGCCUGCGGAGGAAGCACGGCUACUUGAUCAGCUAGACGAUUACAAAGUCUCCCUGUCGAGGCGAUACCCCCUCGUCUGCGGGUCUUGCCUGCCUGCAGUGCAAGACUUGCUCGACAAGCGAGACUACAAAGUCAAAGCAGCAUCACUAGGCGCACGGCUUUCCCAAUCUCGUCUGCCAAGGGCUCGAGAGCCUGCGCUCAGAAGCACGGCAUACGAUCCGUCGACAGUGGUGCACACACUCUGCCAGAUGCUGGCGCUAGCAGGAUUUGCCGUGCUUGCUUUCGAUCCUGAGAUCAUCGCGCGGUUGUCAGCCUUGGAGCGGAACGCCCCGAUCGCCUCGCUGCUAUGUACGACCAUCAGCUGCUUCUUCUGGGAUCCCGAGUACGCCCGUCUACAGAUGUUCCGCGCAAAAGGCAUACACUUUGUCAGACUCAGCCCUACAACGCUGCUCACAAUGCGAUGGCUCCAAGUCGUCAUGCAUCUAUGUCUCGCUGGGCUAGUAGCUCGGCUCGGAGCAAUAGACCACCUGUCAGGCGUGCAUACUCGCUUGCUUGCCAAUCUCGGCAUGAUGCUGACGUUUUGCUUGACGACGUUCGAGAGAUAUCUCGCUCCGCGCGCGAUCAGACCAGUGCGUAUGCGGUUCAGUGUCGGCCAUAGUUCGCUUGCUGCCCCAGAGCGCCGGGAGCCAAGACCUGCAGCGAGAGACUUGCCUGCUGACACGCCAAGACCGCAAGCCAUAUUUGGCGAGUCGUCAAUGCUGCCGUCUGCUGCAGAGAGCUUGGCUCAUGAUGUUGUCAUGGAAUCUGCCGAUCCGAUACAAGCCAGGGAGCAAUCUGAACUCAUUCUCGCCCAGCAGACGUUCUUCCCUCCCGCUCGCUCGACCGGCCUCGAAGAUCUGCUUGGCGACCAGCUCCGCAUCAGAGAGCCACAUCCCGUCGACGUAAACUCAACUUGGCUCUCUUGGCUCAAAAAGUCGUGA